UGAUUUUAAAUGGCAGAAGAGUGCGUAGACGAGGCCUGAAUUGCCGCUUAUUGUGUUUGCUUAUGGUAUAGAGUCGCGCUAUUAGUGUUCAGGGUAUGCAACGGCCGUAAGCGUUCCAUCUCCGUGGCACGAAUCUUUGACCGUUAAGCUGAAGCCGUGUUACGAUGGGCAAACAUUGAGAGUGGGCGACGAGCAAUGGGCGGCCCAUCCCAAUUGGAAGUCUAUGGAAUGUUGAGCAUAUGCAGGGGCGCCGGAUUCCCAGACGCGCGGCGCGUGCUCCCAGCGUACGGCAAAAACGUACGAUAAAAGGUUCGCGCGUACACAACGGGUCAUAUUAAUAUCCCCGCGGGAGUCACGAGCGAGCGAAGAAAAUAAAUCCGUGUGGCUGUGGCUGAGCGCGCGCAGCGGAUAUGCAGCGGAUGCUGAGCUUCCAAAUGGGCCGAGGCUUCGGCGAGUCCAGCGAGUUCGUCACCAAGCGCAUGUGCUUCUCCUUCCUCUUCUCCGUGGGCUUCCUCUGCCUCCUCGGCGGCUUUCUCCUCGGGCGAUUCGCUUCGGACAGGACGAUCGUCAUGCACGAGAGGCGCAUGCUUCAGGAGCUCCAGGGCAACGGGCUCCAAGCCACCAAGGAUCUCCAAAUCGCCCUCCUCGAUAUACUCAACGCGAGCAGCUUCCACGAGGAUUUUGAGAUGGAUUCCAGUGUGCAAAAUUUAAGGCAACAAGGUGUUAAUGGAGUAAAGGACAUCUUUGCGGAUUUAAGUAUUUUUCGAUUAAAUGUAAAUGAAACGAAAACCAGUACCGUAGCAACAAUUUGUGGGAUUCAAGAACAGGAUAGAUACGUUGUUUUAUCCGCAAGCGGCGAAGGCUUUGAUGUCGCUAUUACGGUGGCCAAGACUUUAGAUAAUAUUUACAGAAAUAAAGGAUGGGAGCCGAAGAGGAGUCUGAUUUUUUGUGUUUUCCUUGGCUCGACGGACUUUUGUAAUGAAAAAUUUCUCAAUCACAUCAAACCCAAGAUUGUCGCUUACAUUGCAGUACACGGGAAUGCAGCUAGAGGGAGUGACGAAAUUGUUGUAUCCGGCUCUGGUAUGGUCCAAGCCACUAUUUUGGACGCGAUGAAUGAAAUAAAAUAUUAUCAUAAAAAUUUAUUCAAAGGAGUUCAUUCGCCAAAUUCACUGCCAAGACUUAAUCUCGAUAUCCCUCACGCCGUUUUAUCCUUUUUAAACCCAAAUUCUACUUCUCAAAAUAUCGAACAAAAUCAAAAGAUUUUAGCACAAAUUGUCGGACUGGCUAUGUGGAGAUUAUCCGAAGAAAUAUUUUUUCAAUGGGAUCCAAAGUAUUUUACUGAAAUAAUGAAUAAAGCACUGACUAUAAUCGAUUUGAAGGAGCUUGCCGAGUCAAAAGAGAAUCUCAACGAGACGGUUACAAUGCUCACCGACAGCAUAACAAAUUUCAAUUCAGAUUUAGAAAAAAUUAAUAUUAUGAAGUCCUUAGACGUACGAAUGGCGAAUGAUAAAUUAAUCGAUUUAGAUCGAGCCCUACUCUGCUCCGAUUUAUCUUUAAGAUCUAAAACCGAUUUCACAAAGCUUAAGAUAUUGCUACACGAGCCUGCCCACGUGGUGAAAAUGAAUUUAAAUGAAAUCUGCAAUUGUUAUAAAGCAGCAAACAAAAUUCUUCUCGAUCAAGCUUAUUGUAAAAUGAUAUUUACCGACAAUUAAGUAUUUUAUAAAACAGAUAUUAAAAACGUACGAACAGCAUUGUUUAUAUUCAUUAUUAACGAUUAAUCUUAACGAUCUGUAAUUUAAAUGUUCUUUUCAAUCU